AAGGCGGAACAGGAAAAGAGACAGGUAUAUAUAUGUGUGCAGAUGCACCAAGAGAUGUAAACAGAGCUUUCUCCAAAAUCUGCAUCCACUGUUUGACUGCUCCUAGCACAGUGAUGGGUGACGCCAUAAUGGCAGAAUUUGGGCCUGCGGCUCCCUUUCUGCGAAAAUCUGACAAAGAGCGUCUGGAAGAUCAGACUCGUCCCUUUGAUUUGAAGAAAGAUGUAUUUGUCCCUGAUGAUAAAGAGGAAUAUGUGAAAGCCAAAGUGAGCAGCCGUGAGGGGGACAGCAUUACAGCAGAGACAGUACUUGGUAAGACGAUCACUGUGAAAGACAGCCUAGUGAUGCAGCAAAACCCACCCAAGUUCGAUAAAAUUGAGGACAUGGCGAUGCUGACCUUCCUGAAUGAGCCAGCCGUGCUGUACAACCUCAAAGAGCGUUAUGCAGCCUGGAUGAUCUAUACAUACUCAGGACUGUUCUGCGUGACUGUGAACCCCUACAAGUGGCUUCCUGUGUACAAUGCAGAGGUUGUGGCUGCUUAUCGUGGGAAGAAGAGGAGUGAAGCCCCACCUCACAUCUUCUCCAUCUCUGACAAUGCCUAUCAGUACAUGCUGACAGAUCGGGAGAAUCAAUCAAUCCUUAUCACGGGAGAAUCUGGUGCUGGGAAGACUGUAAACACCAAACGUGUUAUCCAGUACUUUGCAGUCAUUGCUGCCAUUGGGGACCGGAAAAAAGACACUGGUCCCACUGGGAAGGGAACGCUGGAGGAUCAAAUCAUUCAGGCUAACCCUGCCCUGGAGGCCUUUGGCAAUGCCAAAACCCUACGAAAUGACAACUCCUCAAGAUUUGGUAAAUUCAUCCGAAUCCAUUUUGGAGCAACCGGGAAGUUGGCAUCUGCUGACAUAGAGACCUAUCUCCUGGAGAAGUCUCGUUGCAUCUUCCAACUGAAGUCAGAGAGGGAUUAUCACAUCUUCUACCAGAUCUUGUCAAAUAAAAAACCAGAGCUUCUGGAUAUGAUGCUGGUCACCAAUAACCCUUAUGACUAUGCGUACAUCUCUCAAGGAGAAACCACUGUGGCUUCUAUUGAUGAUGCAGAAGAGCUGUUGGCUACUGAUAAUGCCUUUGAUGUGCUGGGGUUCUCUCAGGAUGAGAAAAACUCCAUUUACAAGCUGACUGGAGCCAUUAUGCACUUUGGAAACAUGAAAUUCAAACAGAAGCAACGAGAAGAGCAGGCAGAGCCAGAUGGGACAGAGGAGGCUGACAAAGCUGCCUACCUCAUGGGUCUGAACUCUGCUGACCUCCUGAAGGGUUUGGUUCACCCCCGGGUCAAAGUAGGGAAUGAGUAUGUCACCAAGGGACAGAAUGUCCAACAGGUGUACUAUGCCGUAGGUGCCCUGGCCAAGUCAGUGUACGAAAAGAUGUUCAUGUGGAUGGUUGUGAAAAUUAACACCACACUGGAAACCAAGCAGCCCAGACAAUACUUCAUUGGAGUGUUGGACAUUGCAGGAUUUGAAAUCUUUGAUUUUAACAGCUUUGAGCAGCUCUGCAUUAACUUCACCAACGAGAAGUUGCAGCAGUUCUUCAACCACCACAUGUUUGUGCUGGAGCAGGAGGAAUACAAGAAGGAGGGCAUUGAGUGGGAGUUCAUAGACUUUGGCAUGGACCUGCAGGCCUGCAUUGAUCUCAUAGAGAAGCCCAUGGGCAUCAUGUCCAUCCUAGAAGAGGAGUGCAUGUUCCCCAAAGCCACUGACGUGACCUUUAAGGCCAAACUGUAUGAUAAUCAUCUGGGCAAGUCCAAUAACUUUCAGAAACCCAGGAAUAUCAAGGGGAAGCCUGAGGCUCACUUUGCGCUGGUGCACUACGCUGGCACAGUGGACUAUAACAUCAAUGGCUGGUUGGUGAAGAACAAGGACCCACUGAACGAGACUGUGGUGGGGCUGUACCAGAAGUCAUCUCUCAAACUGCUGUCUCUUCUGUUUGCCAACUAUGCCAGUGCUGACUCAGAACAAGCUGGGAAGGGAAAGGGCAGUAAGAAGAAAGGAUCAUCCUUCCAGACAGUAUCAGCACUGCACCGGGAGAAUCUCAACAAGCUGAUGACCAAUCUCCGCUGUACUCAUCCUCAUUUUGUUCGGUGCAUCAUUCCCAAUGAAACAAAGUCCCCAGGUAUGAUAGAUAACCGCUUAGUGAUGCACCAGCUCCGCUGUAACGGUGUCCUGGAAGGUAUCCGAAUCUGCAGGAAGGGAUUCCCCAACCGUAUCCUGUAUGGGGAUUUCAGGCAGAGGUACCGUAUCCUGAACCCAGCAGCUAUCCCAGAGGGACAGUUCAUAGACAGUAGGAAGGGGGCAGAGAAGCUACUAGCAUCCUUAGAAAUUGAUCAUACUCAAUACAAGUUUGGACACACCAAGGUUUUCUUUAAGGCAGGCUUACUGGGUCAGCUGGAGGAGAUGCGGGAUGAGCAACUUUCCAGGAUUAUCACACGUAUACAGGCCCAAUCCAGAGGUGUCCUAUCCAGAAUAGAAUUUAAGAAGAUUGUGGAGCGCAGAGAUGCCCUCUUGGUGAUCCAGUGGAACAUUCGAGCUUUCAUGGGUGUCAAAAACUGGCCCUGGAUGAAGCUUUACUUCAAGAUCAAGCCGCUGCUGAAGAGUGCAGAGACAGAAAAGGAGAUGCAGACCAUGAAGGAAGAGUUCCAAAAGCUGAAGGAAGCCCUAGAGAAGUCUGAGACCCGACGCAAAGAUCUAGAGGAGAAGCAGGUCUCCUUACUACAGGAGAAGAAUGAUCUGCAGCUUCAAGUGCAAGCUGAACAAGACAACUUGGCAGAUGCUGAUGAGAGGUGUGAGCAGCUUAUUAAGAACAAGAUCCAGCUGGAGGCCAAGCUAAAAGAGCAGACCGAGAGGCUGGAAGAUGAGGAAGAGAUGAAUGCAGAUAUGACUGCUAAGAAACGGAAGCUGGAGGAUGAAUGUUCUGAGCUCAAGAAGGAUAUUGAUGACCUAGAGCUGACCUUGGCCAAAGUGGAAAAGGAGAAGCAUGCCACCGAGAAUAAGGUGAAGAAUCUAACCGAGGAGAUGGCUGGGUUGGAUGAGAUUAUUGUCAAGCUAACCAAGGAGAAGAAGGCUCUGCAAGAGGCUCACCAACAAGCAUUGGAUGACCUCCAGGCUGAAGAAGACAAAGUUAAUGUGUUGAGUAAAGCUAAAGCAAAACUCGAGCAGCAGGUUGAUGAUCUGGAAGGGUCUUUGGAGCAGGAGAAGAAAGUACGCAUAGACCUGGAAAGGGUGAAGCGAAAACUUGAAGGAGACCUGAAGUUGAACCAAGAAAAUUUAAUGGAUCUUGAAAAUGAUAAACAGCAACUGGAUGAAAAGCUGAAAAAAAAAGAUUUUGAAAUAAACCAGCUUAAUACAAGAAUUGAGGAUGAACAGAAUGUGGGUGUUCAGCUUCAGAAGAAGAUGAAAGAACUGCAGGCUCGUAUUGAGGAGCUGGAGGAGGAGCUGGAAGCAGAGAGAACAGCGCGGGCCAAGGUAGAAAAGCUUCGCUCUGACCUGUCAAGAGAGUUGGAGGAGAUCAGUGAGCGCCUAGAAGAGGCUGGAGGAGCCACCUCAGUGCAACUGGAGCUCAACAAAAAGAGGGAGGCAGAGUUUCUGAAACUCAGGAGAGAUCUAGAGGCGUCCACUCUGCAUUCAGAGGCCACAGCAGCCACACUCAGGAAAAAGCAUGCAGACUCUGUGGCAGAGCUCGGUGAGCAGAUAGACAAUCUGCAGAGAGUGAAACAGAGAUUGGAGAAGGAGAAGAGUGAACUGAAACUGGAACUAGAUGAUGUAGCAUCCAACAUGGAGCAGGUGGUAAAAUCCAAGACUAACUUAGAGAAGUUAUGUCGUACUUUAGAGGAUCAAGUAAGUGAGCAUCGUUCUAGGUCUGAGGAGUCACAGAGAACCGUCAAUGAACUCUCUACUCAGCGUGCAAAACUGCAGACGGAGAAUGGUGAACUCUCCCGUAGGCUGGAUGAAAAGGAGUCAUUGGUGUCACAGUUGACUCGUGGUAAACAGACUUACACCCAGCAACUGGAAGAUCUAAAGAGACAGCUGGAGGAGGAGGCCAAGGCAAAAAAUGCUCUAGCCCAUGCUUUGCAGUCUGCCCGUCAUGACUCUGAUCUUCUGAGGGAACAGUAUGAAGAGGAACAAGAGGCCAAAUCAGAGCUGCAACGAUCUAUGUCAAAGGCCAAUGCAGAGGUGGCCCAGUGGAGAACUAAAUAUGAGACCGAUGCUAUCCAAAGGACGGAGGAGCUAGAGGAGGCCAAGAAGAAGCUGGCGCAAAGGUUGCAGGAUGCAGAAGAAGCUGUAGAAGCCGUCAAUGCCAAAUGUUCAUCUCUGGAAAAAACGAAACACCGUCUGCAAAAUGAUAUUGAGGACCUUAUGGUGGACCUUGAGAGAUCCAAUGCUGCCGCUGCUGUCUUGGACAAGAAGCAGAGAAAUUUUGAUAAAGUCCUAGCUGAGUGGAAGCAGAAAUAUGAGGAAUCGCAGACGGAGCUGGAGUCCUCCCAGAAAGAGGCGCGUUCUCUCAGCACUGAGCUCUUCAAGUUGAAAAAUGCCUAUGAGGAAUCUUUGGAUCAUUUGGAGACUUUCAAAAGGGAGAAUAAGAAUCUACAAGAGGAAAUCUCAGAUCUCACAGAACAGCUGGGUGAGAGCGGGAAGAGCAUCCAUGAGCUGGAGAAGAUACGGAAGCAGCUGGAGCAGGAGAAGAUAGACAUACAGUCUGCGCUGGAAGAGGCAGAGGCUUCCCUGGAGCACGAGGAGGGGAAGAUUCUGCGUAUCCAGUUGGAGCUGCAUCAAGUAAAGUCUGACUUUGAACGCAAGUUGGCUGAGAAAGAUGAGGAGCUGGAGCAGACCAAGAGAAAUCACCAAAGAGUGGUCGAAUCACUGCAGACAUCACUGGAGGCCGAAACCAGGAGUCGUAAUGAGGCAAUGAGGAUCAAGAAGAAAAUGGAAGGAGAUCUGAAUGAGUUGGAGAUCCAACUUAGCCAAGCUAACCGUGUGGCAAUUGAAGCACAGAAACAACUGAAGAGCUUGCAAGGCUACCUAAAGGAUACUCAGAUUCAAUUGGAUGAUGCUUUAAGAGCCAACGAGGACCUAAAAGAAAACAUUGCAAUUGUGGAGAGAAGGAACUCCUUGCUCCAGGCUGAGCUGGAGGAACUGCGGUCAGUGUUGGAACAGACAGAGAGAGCACGCAAGCUUGCAGAGCAAGAGCUGAUAGAGACCAGUGAGAGAGUCCAACUCCUCCACUCUCAGAACACCAGCCUGAUCAAUCAGAAGAAAAAGAUGGAGUCUGAUCUGUCCCAGUUGCAGACAGAGGUGGAGGAGGCAGUCCAGGAAUGUCGUAAUGCAGAGGAGAAGGCCAAAAAAGCAAUUACUGAUGCUGCCAUGAUGGCUGAGGAGCUGAAGAAAGAGCAGGACACGAGUGCUCAUUUGGAGAGGAUGAAGAAGAACAUGGAGCAAACCAUCAAAGAUCUUCAGCAACGCCUGGAUGAAGCUGAGCAGAUUGCCUUGAAAGGAGGCAAGAAACAGCUGCAGAAGCUGGAGGCUCGAGUUCGGGAACUGGACAAUGAGCUGGAGGCUGAGCAGAAGCGCAAUGCAGAGUCUGUGAAGGGGAUGAGGAAAUAUGAGAGGCGCAUUAAAGAGCUCACUUACCAGACUGAAGAGGACAGAAAGAACAUGACUCAUCUUCAGGACCUGGUUGAUAAAUUGCAGCUUAAAGUGAAAGCAUAUAAGAGACAGUCAGAAGAGGCUGAGGAACAAGCCAACACGAACUUGUCCAAGUUCCGGAAGGUUCAGCAUGAGCUGGAUGAGGCAGAGGAACGAGCAGACAUCGCGGAGUCUCAGGUCAAUAAACUGAGAGCCAAGAGCAGAGAUGUGGGAGGCAAGAAAGCGCUAAAUGAGGAAUAAACCCAGGACUCUUAUAUCCAUAUCUGCAUGAUGCAGUGUCCAAGACUCUUUGUAUCAUGACAUGCCCCUCCUUGUAGAAUAAAGAAUUUACUCUGCCA